AUUAUGACUAUAAAGACCACAUUUCCCAUAGCAGGUGUUGCUCGUAAAUUGUAAACAUAAAUCAACAAUUUACUGACACAGACAAUGCGUUAAGUGAAAUUUUAAUAGAAACAAGUUUAUGUGAUUCAUUUUCAACAAUGAAAGCUUCUAUUGGAGAUGUCGUUUUACCGGGAGAUUACUGUGAAGAAAUAACAGUGGCCGGCGAAAAAACAAAAGUAAUCAUAGGUCCAGGAUUAAGAAGAGAACUUGACCGCGUGUAUAUCACAAAAGCUGGAGUCCUUAAAAAACGAAACCCAUGUACUUAUUGGGUAGACAGUUACCAAAAGCGGUACGUUCCAUCAAGGGGUGAAAAUGUGAUUGGUGUUGUGGUGCAGAAAGCUGGUGACAUAUUUAGAGUAGACGUCGGCGGUAGUAUCACUGCAGCAUUAUCCUAUUUAUCGUUCGAAGGAGCUACAAAAAAGAACAGGCCUGAGGUACAAAUGGGAGAUAUUGUUUACGCCAAAAUGCUGGUAGCUAGCAAAGAUAUGGAACCAGAGUUAGUUUGUGUCGAUUCACAUGGAAAAAAAGGACGCUUAGGCGUGCUAAGUGAUGGAUUCUUAUUUAAAUGUUCUUUAAAUUUAGUACGAAAAAUAUUGAACCCUUCAUGCCCCUUGCUUGAGUCCUUGAAAAAUGAAUGGCCUUUUGAGAUGGCAGCUGGCAUGAAUGGUAGGAUUUGGAUCAAAGCUAACUCCAUGAGAGAAACGAUUGCUCUUGGUAAUGCUAUUUUGGGCGCAGAAUAUCAAAGUGAUGAAGAAAUUAAACUAAUAUGUUCUAACAUAGCUUCUAUAUUGGCAGGACAUAUUUCGUGAUGCAUAGUUUCAUUAAAAUAUAAUAUAAAAAACUUGUUCGUUUUUACUUGAUAAUAUUAUGUGUAACCACUAUAUAAAUAUGGGGAUAAUGUCAAUGAAAAAAUUAAUAGUUUCUCCAUUUUAUUCAAUUUCAAAUCGCAAUCUAAAUGUUUUAGCAGUAAUACUUUUUAUGUUAAGACAGCAUUUUUGUAUUUGCCAAAUUUUUUAAAAGAAUAUGUACAAUUUAGAAUUAUGAUAUCAUGUGCUUCAUUUCCUCAAGCCAAUGCAAUAAACUUGUGCCGUUCACCGUUCAAAUAAAUAGGAAAAAAUAAAAUUAAAUCAACAAGCCACACUCGCUAUGUACAAUAUACAGUGGCAGUUAGUAGUGUCAUCAUAUAACUCAUACAAUAGGACUUUACUGACCAGAAUAAAUUUCAGUUAUUAAAUUCAGAAAUUAUUACCUAAACAAUAAAAUAACUAGCUUAGGUUAAAUCUAUUUUAAUAUUAAAUUUAUAUGAUUCACAAGACCCGAGACUAAAAUCCAUGCAUCAAGUAAAAUAAAUUAUAUGAUAACAAAAGGAAUAACAGAUACGUCCAGCAAAAACAUACUUCUUGAGUUCCUCAUUGAAAUUAAUGUUAAUAUUCUGUACGGUCAAUGUUAACUCCAAUAUAGUAAAUCAGUCUAAGUGGACCUCACCGCAAGCCUCUCCGGAGAAAUUCAACAUCCCCUGAUUAUAGUUCUAAGAAAAGUACUUCAGUUUAAUACUCUAACAGAUACUAGUUAUAAUGAGAACUGUAGUUUUUAACUUACUGCAACCGCGGAAGAUAUCGUGGAAAAAAUUUAUAUCGAUAUUUAGAAUUUCGUUUUUAAAACUAAUUCAGGACUAUGUACAAAAUAGCUAUAAUGUUUGACAGAACUACGAAGGAAUGUCUCUUUAUGUACAUUUUGUUUUUAAUUUAUUACUAUAUAAUACAAGUUCUAUACAUUAUGAUAUCUAGCUCAGUCGUGAUUUACAGCAAUGAUUUAGAUCAGAUAAUCUUAAAGUUUAUUUCAACGGCAAACAUAUCUAGUGUUAUUUACACACAACGGAUAAAUCAUUAAUUAUAUACAGAGAAAAUUAAAAUCAUUUCUAUACAAUAGAAAUAAAUCGGUUAUCAAUACAUCAUAAUUUAUUAAUGUGUUAAAUGACUACUUGCUAUUGAUCAAAUUCAAACAAUUUUUAAACUAUACACGUAACAAAUAAAACACUGCUCGUUAGAAUACUGGUGUAAUAAAUAAGGUUGAUACUAGAACGGUUACGGUGACAUCGAUAUUUACACAUCACAGUGUUGACUCUAUACAAUAUUUACAUUAUGAACAGUCGAAUUUAUUUUAUAUAUGAAAAUAUAAUAUAAUCUAUAGACAAUCAGGAGAUCACGGCCCGGCUACCUUCACACCUGGCACAGAUGUGACACACCACAAAACAUUCAUCUGGUUACAGGCAGAGUAAUAAUUGCAUGCAUACAAAAUCAAUAUCAGUUCAUAUUAUUAAUAUAUUAUGAUUUUUUCAAAUUAAAUAAUAAUAUUGUGAAUUACUUACUUAGUUUUAUUAUAAAAACGCUCUUGAAUAUUACCACAAGUUUCUCUCUUAAGACUUACAGUUCAAAGUUAAGAAUGUACCUCUUCUGGAUCAAGUGUAAACGUAGCGCAGGCUUCUUAUAAUAAAGUGCCUUUUAUAUUUAAAUUUCUUCUAAGUAUACAGUUUACCCGUCUGUUACUUAUAGUAUAGCAAUAGUAAAUAA